AUGGGUCGUGGAGUUAGUGCAGGUGGAGGGCAGAGCUCUUUAGGUUAUCUUUUCGGAAGCGGAGAGGCUCCAAAACCAGCCGUUAACACUGCUCAAGCCGAAACUCAGCCUGCUCCUUCUUCUUCUCCGGCACAACCUAAAGCCGCCGCUCCAAAACCUGCUGAUACCAUAAACCAAGGUCCAGCUGGUCUCAAUAGCAACUCUGCAAACAACUACAUGCGCGCAGAUGGACAGAACACAGGCAACUUCAUCACGGACCGGCCAUCGACCAAGGUUCACUCAGCUCCAGGAGGUGGCUCGUCUCUGAAUUAUCUCUUUGGUGGUGGUAGCAACUAG